UUUAAUUUUGUUUUUACAAAAUUUCCCCUAUUAAAUUAGGAACCGGCUCCUCCCCAUUUGGAUCCUUCUCCCUCGAAUUCGCAGAGUUCCCAUUACCGAGCAUUGUUCACGCGGAAACUGCAACUUACAGGUGGAAUCGUAAAUUAAGCAGUUAUGGGAGGUCAUGGGGGCCUGAACAUUCUCCCGCAGAAGAGGUGGAAUGUGUACAAUUUCGAUAACAGAGAGAAAGUCCGGCUGGAUGAGGAGGCAGCGGCGAAAGAAGAGCAGGUGAAACGCGAACAGACGAGGAAGCGCGAUGCAGAGUUCCGUCUCGAGCAGCUGCGGACUGCCCGCGGCUUGGCUCCGGUGAUCGGUGCUGUGGAGCCCAAGACUGGUGGGGCUGUGGAACCCAAGUCUGGUGGGGUUGCGGAGCCCAAGUCUGGUCAUCUUAACCUGUUUGAGGGAAUUAAGAUUUUCGACCCGAUUAAGAUUUUAGAGAAGGAGGAAGGUGGUGAAAGGGAUGGGUUUAAGAAGAAGAAGAUGAAGAGAGAGGAGGCGGCGCCGAAGGUUGUGGGGCCGGAGGAUGAGAAGUAUAGGUUAGGGUAUGGGCUCGCGGGGAAAGGAGUUAAGCUGCCGUGGUAUCUUGAAAGGCGGAGCAAUGAUGGGAAUUGUGAGAGUGGUCGGGAUGAUGGGUCGGCGAGAGGAGUGAAGGAGGAGGGAAUGAAGAGUGGGAAGAAGACAUUGGAGGAGUUGAGGGAGGAGCGGUUGAAAAGAGAGAAGCGAGAGAAGGAGAGGGAACGGGCCUUAAUGGUGGCGAAAAGUCGAAGAGAUGGAACUGGUAUCAGGGAUAGAGGGUUUUCCAGGAGGUAAGCUUGAAGCAUUCUUAUUACACUUGUGAUAUUUGUAUUAAAACUUAAUGUGAAUAUUGUCAGAUUUUUUAGAAGCUGUCAUGUGUCUGCUGUAUCUGUAACAGCAGCUUUCCUAUGCGUUAUGAAUAUUGGAUUGAUCGAUUCAUGAGGAAGAAAGAUUUUUAUCCAACAAAUUAGUAUUUGAUUUGGCCA